UCGUCAUUAUUUGUCUGAAAUUCUAGAAUAUCGCAGGUGAGAGUAAGAAUGACGAAUGAGUUGGACAAGAUCAGCAAUAUACCGGGGCACAUAAUGGAUCAAAUACUGUCGUGCUUGCCGAUUAAGGAGGCAGUGAGGACCAGCAUUUUGUCAAGAAAGUGGAGGUACAAAUGGUCCUCUCUUCCAAAACUUGUGUUUGAUAACCAAUGUACCGUGGCCACGGGAGUUCCUUCUCUGCAACCAUCCCCGAAUGAAAACUUAGUGAAGAUCAUUGACGAGGUCCUCUUGCUUCAUACUGGCACAAUACAAAAGUUCAUGCUCUCUCACAAAAGAUUUUACGCCACGAGUAACAUUGACCACUGGAUUCUUCAUCUAUCCAGAGUCUCCGUUAAAGAAAUCGUGCUACACAUCUGGAAAGGGAACUAUUACAAGAUUCCCACCACCUUAUUCAAUUUCCAGGACUUGACUCAUUUGGAACUCCUCCGCUGUGUGGUGAAAAUUCCGUCAACGUUUGAAGGAUGGAAAAACUUGAAAACUUUAUAUCUUUCUCAGGUUAAGCUAUCUCCGGAUGAGCUUGAGGCUCUGAUUUCUCGUUGCCCACUACUAAAAAAUUUAUCUUUGUUAAAGGGGACUGAACAAGUGAACAUCAAAGCUUGCAACCUCGAGUGGCUUUCUCUUCGAGGACGAUUUCAAGAUGUCGAUUUUGGUGUUAUGAACUGUUUGAAGUCAGUCACGAUAGGUUUCAGUGAUGAUAUGGCUAACAAACGUGGACCCGACAAUGCCAACUUGAGCAAUUUGCAAAAAAUUUUCCGAAACCUGCCCAAUAUUCAGAGUCUCAAGCUUGAAGAUUAUUCACUGAAGUAUUUGGCUGUUGGAAAUGUUCCACAGACACUGCCAGAUGAACUUGUUCAUUUGAAGCACCUCUUCUUAUGCAUAGACUUCAAUAAUGUGGAUGAGAUUUUGACUGUUAUGUGCCUGAUAAAAAGGUCUCCCCAGUUGAAACAGGUUGACUUUCAGUCUCGUGCUGAGAAUCAACAGACUGAAUGGAUCAGGACAAUGGCCGAUUUUUGGGAAGACCACCAGUCGUAUUGCCUAGAACAAGUACAAGUUGUAUCAAUGAGCGGAAUUUGUGGUAGUAUGCCAGAGCUGGAAAUUAUGAAGUUUCUUCUUGCCUGUUUGCCGAAACUACGAACGAUGACGAUCAGGCCUAAUUCCAUGAGUGGAGAAGGCAAGUUGUUUAGGGAGUUGCUGCGUUUCCGACGAGCCUCGGCCCAAGCGGAGGUGAUCUUUCUUGAUCCUGUUGAUUCGGAAGCCAAGCCACAUUAAGAUUGAAUCAUACAUGGAAUUAAAAAGAACUGCAUUGU